UCAGUCACAAUAAAACAGAUAUUUGGUGGAAUUUGUAUUAUGUUAUAAACACUUAUCUGUAGGCUGUUAAAUCAUUUGUAUCUCUGUCUGUCAGGAUAAGGCGCGAAACAGAGCCAUGUCCUCGCGCUGACGGAGUAAAGCAGUAAUGGAGGAAAAGUGUACAAAAGUCCUUCUUAAACCUGAUAUAAGAGAAUGUGGGAGUGAGCAGGGGGACCAGUCUGAGUCUGAACAGAAAAAUGGCUCGUGCAAGGAAACAGCGCGUGCAGACUUCAGUGACCCGGUGUAUAAAGAGAUCUCUCUGGCCAACGGUGCAAUUAACCGCAUGAACAGAGAUGAGCUACGAGCUAAAUGUGCUGAGCUCAAGCUGGACACCAGAGGUGUGAAAGAUGUCCUGAAGAAGCGUCUUAAGAACUACUAUAAGAAGCAGAAGCUGAAGCAGUCUGCGGCGGUCGGCUCCGACGAAUCGUAUUACGACUACAUCUGCGUGGUGGACUUUGAGGCUACGUGUGAAGAGAAUAACCCACGACACUUUGUCCACGAAAUCAUAGAGUUCCCCAUGGUCCUCAUCGACACACACACUUUGGAGAUUGUCGAUUCGUUUCAGGAGUAUGUGAAACCCCAGUUAAACCCACAGCUCUCCGAUUUCUGUGUGGAGCUAACAGGAAUAACACAGACAAUGGUGGACGAGGCAGAUCUGUUCCCUUGUGUUCUUCACCGAGUGGUGGCCUGGCUGCAGGAGAAAGAGCUGGGGACCAAAUACAAAUACACUCUGCUAACAGAUGGGUCUUGGGAUAUGAGUAAAUUCCUUUACACACAGUGCCGCCUGAGUCGACUUCGAUAUCCUCCAUUUGCUAGAAAUUGGAUUAACAUAAGGAAGUCUUAUGGAAACUAUUACAAGGUGGCUCGAAACCAGACGAGGCUGAACUGCAUGUUGGAGAAUCUCGGCAUGCAGUACGAGGGCCGACCGCAUUGCGGCCUCGACGACUCACGCAACAUCGCCCGUGUUGCCAUCCGCAUGCUGAAGGACGGCUGUCGGCUGCGGGUGAACGAGCGUCUGCACGAAGGCGAGCUGCAGAACGUGUCCAAUACAACGGUGUUAGAAGGAGCUCCACCUCCUCAGUACCCCAAAAGCAGAGGCUAAUUCAACAGCGUAUUUGCUUCCUUUUUUAUAUCAGUGAUCAGGAGUGGAGAUGAGCAUCAGGGCUGCCUUGUGCUGGCUUUCGGGACCUUUUUCUAAAUCGUUUCAUUUGACUGAGCAGUGCCCUUUGUUUACUAAUGCCAAUUUGUAACAAUAAUAAUACUACCCAGACCAAAUCAUUGAUGUGUGGCUUCAUUUUUCACAAACACAUUUCACAAAGAUGUAUUAAUUCUGGGAUGAUCUCCAAAUGCAUUUUUUUUUACUCUUUAGCAGCAAACGUCCUGAAUUUUCGGUUACAUAAGGUGCAUUAUUUUUUACAUAACAAUAAAGUGCCAUUCCAGUUUA